UUGAGUCGAAUUCAUUGAAUCUGCGGAUUUCAUGACGUUUCCUUGCGUGGUCCAUCACUUUGCUCCCUGCCUGUGGUUUUCUAUUCCGCCUGGAUCUUCUUCCCCACCCCUAACCCCCCCGCCGGUCUGAUCUCCAGAUCUCACUUAACUCUGUCCUAGCAACCCAGAGCGAACUGGACUUGAAUGCUGCACCUGGCUGUGUGUAUGUGGAGAAGCCAAGCUGGAUCAAGAGGUGGGCGAGCAGCGGGGAGGAUGGAGGCUCCAGAGAGCAGCUUAAGGUCGAGGUAAAACUGAGCAUCGUUUUAUUUGUUGUUAAUCCAUCCUUGCGCGAACAAUCAGCCGGCCACAUCCUGCUCCAUUCCCAAAAGAAAAUCAUGAUGGAAUGAACACAACGUGCCACAAGCAGCUAACGUACUGGAAGAAGACUCAAUGGAGCAGGACGUGGAGAGCCCUAUCACAAUUCAGCAGCCAAAGUUGCCCAAACAAGCUAGAGAGGAUCUUCCAAAGCACAUAAGCAAAGUAUGUACCAAGAGAAAAAUCCAAAGGUAUGUUAGGAAAGAUGGGAAAUGCAACGUCCACCAUGGGAACGUGAGAGAGACUUAUCGUUAUCUGAGUGAUAUCUUCACUACUUUAGUCGACCUCAAAUGGAGGUUCAACCUUUUGAUUUUUGUCAUGGUUUACACUGUGACGUGGCUCUUCUUUGGAAUGAUCUGGUGGCUAAUUGCUUACAUCCGAGGCGAUAUGGAACAUAUAGGAGACAAUACAUGGACCCCAUGUGUCAGUAACCUCAAUGGGUUUGUUUCAGCCUUUUUAUUCUCAAUAGAGACAGAAACCACCAUCGGGUAUGGUUAUCGGGUCAUCACGGACAAAUGUCCCGAGGGAAUUAUUCUGCUUUUAGUUCAGUCUGUCUUAGGUUCUAUUGUCAAUGCUUUCAUGGUUGGCUGCAUGUUUGUGAAAAUAUCUCAGCCCAAGAAGAGGGCAGAAACCUUGGUCUUUUCUACCAACGCAGUCAUUUCCAUGCGGGAUGGGAAGCUAUGUCUGAUGUUCCGAGUAGGGGACCUUAGGAAUUCACAUAUUGUGGAGGCAUCAAUACGAGCCAAGUUGAUCAAAUCUAAACAGACAAAGGAGGGGGAAUUUAUACCACUCAACCAGACAGAUAUCAACGUAGGUUAUUAUACAGGGGAUGAUCGCCUCUUUUUGGUUUCACCGCUGAUCAUCAGCCAUGAAAUUAACCAGCAGAGUCCUUUCUGGGAGAUUUCCAAAGACCAAUUGCCCAAAGAGGAACUAGAAAUUGUUGUAAUUCUAGAAGGCAUGGUGGAGGCAACAGGAAUGACAUGCCAAGCUCGAAGUUCUUAUGUAACCAGCGAGAUCCUGUGGGGUCAUCGUUUUACCCCUGUCCUCACACUAGAGGAUGGAUUUUAUGAAGUUGACUACAACAGUUUUCAUGAAACAUAUGAGACCAACACACCAUCUUACAGUGCCAAAGAACUGGCAGAGAUGGCCAGCCAAGCAGAACUUCCCCUAACUUGGUCUGUGUCCAGCAAACUAAACCAGCAUGCUGACCUGGAAACUGAAGAGAGGGAAAAGAACCACGAAGACCAAACCGAAAGGAAUGGUGAUGUGGCAAACUUAGAAAAUGAAUCCAAAGUUUGAACCAACAGAGCUUCACCACCCCACCUCUUUUUUCCUUUUGAGCCUUCCCUUUUUUUAUUAUGACAAGACAAGAAAUAUUUACGGUGUGAAAUGUCUACCUGUCCAAUCUCAAAUCAAGAGAUUCAUAAAAUAAGCAAAAGAUGUAGGUUAAAGCUGCAAUAUUCCUUAUUUACAAUGAAAUCUCUGACCAUUGCCCUUCCAACCAUCACAUAUUUCCUCUGAAUAAAUAUCAGUUUGUGACCACAGGUGUGUUUAAAAAGGAACCAAAAAAAAGUGAGGUGGGUGAGACUCAAUAUCUGGGAUAAUAAAAGUAAAGACUGUGAUUAAUGUUUGUUAAUGCCAUGGGCCUUGGCUCUAAUUUUUAUAUAUGUCAAGACAGUUUCAUAAACAGGAUGUGAUGCCGCAAAUGAUAAUGGGCAUUGCAGCUGUAAGACCUAGGUGAGCAGAGAGAGCUGCAGUUCAACAAGAUACUGUAUAUAUGCCUUAUGUAAUUACUUUCUCUUUAAAUUUAGUAAUAAACCCAGCAUGUACAAAAAUAUUGUAGUAAAGAACUGCUAAAUAAUGUACAUAGAUGUGUAAUUAAUGUAGGUUUAGAUAUAUAAUUCUAGAAAUAUUGGGAUGCAAAAAACUGAAUAGGGAUUUCUGUUUUAAUAUAUGGAGUACAUUAGUUUCUUCCCUAUAUACCUGGCCAUUUUAGUACACAGCACUUUCUUCAGUGUACCAGACUGGCAGCUACUUAGAAGACCUCACUGACCCCCUAACAAAUCAUUUUACUGAUUCUAAAAAGCCAUAAG